CACUGAAGAAGAAGAAGAGAAAUCAAAGACGCAAAACGAUACCAUGAACACAAAGGAUGAUGAAGCGUAUCAGGUCUUCAUCAGUUUACACAGUCCUGCGUUAAAGGCAGCGAGAAUACCGCCACUUUACUGGAAGAGUUUGUAUUGUAAACUCGCCAAUGAGGUAUUUGAUGCUGGUGAGGUGUUUGGGAUCAUGCAGGUUGAAGAAGAGGAAGAUGAGGGGGGUGAACAGAGAGUCAAUCCUGGAGAUGAGAUGUCUUAUAAAGUUAUUGUCACUCGAGAGGGUGGCCUGCAGGCUGCUGAUCCCACCAGUGUGUUUCUCGUGGAUCACGCCUGGACAUACAGAGUGGAAAGUGCCAGACAGCAACUGCUGGAAAUUCCCGGACUUCUUAUCCGCAUGGCCAGCCUGAUGGGUCUACCUUUCCACGGAGAAGCCCCUGACCCGGACAUCGUGGAGACGGUCCUGGACAACAUGUGGAAAUAUAACCAAACCUAUCAGCUUUCCCAAGGGUCUGCAGAAGAGAAGGUCCCUGUGUGGUACAUUAUGGAUGAAUUUGGUUCUCGGCUUCAGCACUCUUCCCGCCCGACCUGCUGUAUGGCUCCUCUGUUUUACGCUCCACAACAAAUCGCUUACUCUGUGCUAUGGCCACUUCAAGACCUGGAAAAUGGAGAUGAGGUGACACGAGAUUAUUCGUAUGGUGAGACGGACUCUUUGGUGAGGAGUUGCCGACUGUUACCAUGGCUACCUGAUGAUCUUCAGGGCAUCAGUGAUGACGUCCAAGAGCCAUCUGACCUGUACUAUGAAACCAUCCUCCAGGAGAACAAGGAGAAGCUUCCCAUGAACAUUGAGCCUUACUGUGUGCCAGACGGGAAAGUUUUAAAGGUCUACUCUGAGUUAAAGCAGGUUACAGACAAUCUGAAACAUCCACGUUUCCAGUUUACCGAAAAUGAGGAGGAGGCCGAUAUUAUCUGGGCCUUUUCUCAUAUCCGAGAUUACAGGAAAAUGAGUGCGGAACGACCUCAUGUCCUGCUCAACCAGUUCCCCUGUGAGACUGUGCUCACUACUAAAGACUGCAUGGCGUCUGUAGCCCGGAGAGCGAGUGGAGGUCAGGGACCGAUGUGGCUCCCCAGGACCUUUAAUCUCCAGACAGAGCUGCCACAGUUCAUCAAACAUUACUUAAUGAGACAAGAGAGGGGUCUGGAUAACCACUGGAUCUGUAAACCGUGGAAUCUGGCUCGUGGUCUGGACACACACAUCACAAACAACCUUAACUUCAUAAUCCGACAGAGGGAGAGCACGCCAAAGGUGGUGAGUAAAUAUUUGGAGGACCCAGUGUUAUUUCAUAGAGAAGAGGUGGGUAUGGUGAAGUUCGACAUCCGCUACAUGGUGCUACUGCGAUCUGCUGAACCUCUGCGCCUUUAUGCAUACAACGUGUUCUGGCUGCGGUUUGCAAACAAACCUUUCUCGCUGGAUCAUCUCGAUGACUAUCAGAAGCAUUACACAGUGAUGAACUAUGCUGAAAAUGUGCAGCUCAGACAGAUUCACUAUGAUGACUUCAUUCCCAUGUUCGAAAGCCAGUAUCCGCAGUAUCCAUGGAAACAAGUUGAGGCGGAUAUCUUCAAAGCUUUUUCUGAGCUCUUCCAGGCAGCCUCCUGUCGUCCGGCUCCAUACGGAAUCUGUCCCUAUCCGUCCUCAAGAGCCAUUUAUGCCAUUGAUCUCAUGUUAAAGUGGGACCAGACUGCAGAAGGAGAUCGUGUAAUGCAGCCCCAGAUACUGGAGGUAAAUUUUAGCCCUGACUGUGAGAGGGCUUGUCGAUAUCACCCCAGCUUUUACAACCACAUGUUCCAAACACUGUUCCUGGAUCAGGCAGAACAAUGUCCUGUUACUCCAAUUUUAUAACCAAACUGAAUUCCAGCUCUAAAAUGCCUAAAUAAAAAUGAAUGGGCCUGCAACACUGUUUUUAUGUCAUUUGUUUAGCCAGAUUCCUGUAGAUUGAUAUAUUCUAUUUUUAUUAUAUGUUUUAUGGUAUGGUUUAUAUUAAAAUAUAUAUAUAUAUAUAAGCAAAAAUGCUCUUUGGUAAAGACUGUGGUAUCAUUGUUUGAAUGAAAACAUCACUUCAGGGCAUGCAUAAAGCUGUCAAAUGGUCGGCACAUUGCCUCAGUAGCAUUGUUACCUCACAGCAAGAAGGUCUCCGGUUCGGCUGGGUCAGGAGGUCUUUCUGAGUAGAUGUUGGUUUACUCUGGUUACUCAGGUUUCCUCCCACAGCCCAAAAACAUACUGGUUAAGUGAACUGGAGAUUGAUUCACUUUUAUAUAGAUUAAUCAAAAAUGAAUAAGUAAAUAAACUAUAAUACGUAACUAUAUCUGGUUAUAAAUGAACAAUAAUCUGUUAUUAUAAGCAACAUAAACCGUCUCCUUGCUCUGAUUCACAAUGAUAAGCUUAUAAUGGUAAUUAUAAAGUUGCAUGUGAAGUGGUUUGUUUUAAUCCGAAUAUGUGUAUCAAAUACUUUACCAUUAUGUUUUUAUGUUUUUCUGUAUGGAUAUAACCAGUUAUAUGUAUCACUUAGUGUAAUGGUUCUGUUGUUUUAGUCGUAUAACCACGUUGAGGAAGUGUAGUGGUUAUUUUGUUUUAGUUAGCAAGGUACUUUAGGAAAAGUACAGUUUUGUUUUAUUUAAUUGUAUUUGUUUCUGUGUGAGAGUGUAUAUAGCAUGAGUCUGUGAGUGCAUGUCUUAGAUGAGGAAAAGUGGGGGCUGAGUGAGUAGUGGGUGUGUCUUUCUCCUGUGGCUCUGCAGAGGGCACAGAGAGGUGGAGUGAAUGAAUGUUUAAAACUGUGGAAAGGGAAUACAGUUUGAAAGUAUGUGAAUAUGAGUGAGAAUAUAAGUAUGAAUACGAUAAGAAUAAGAGACUAGAAUAAGAAUAAGAGUUAUAAAUGCUGGGUAUUAAAGAUGAUAUUUGAAGAUUUUGUGGAGUUAUUGUAGCCAAAAAUAUUAAUUAUUAUAGUGAAGUACACAGCUACCUCUAGAAAUUGAAUAAUUUUAGUUUAAAUGAUUGAUUAAAAUAAAUAAGUGAUAUAAACUAAAUAAUUAAAUAACUAAAUAAAAAUAUAAACUAAAAGAAAGAAAAUUAAGAGUUUAAUAACAGAGAAAUGCUUGAGGAGAAAGAGAGAGAGAGAGAGAGAGAGAGAGAGAGAGAGAGAGAGAGAAGGAGAAGAGGAAAAUGGAGGGGGUACUGAUGAUCACCAGAUGUGAUCAUGUAGAGCAGGGGUUCUCAAAGUCCGGACUCCGGUCCGGAUCCGGACCCGACGGCAACUUGAUCCGGACCCGCGUCCACUUCAUAGUACAAGUGCAUUAAUUUCUAUGUGAUUGAUUAAAUGUGUGCAUUUACUUUACAAAUGCAUAUAAAACUUGUAAACCAUUCGUUUAGUUUUUUUUUUCUUUUUAGAUUUAAGAGUAUUCCUGGUCUGAAAAUAAAACGAGUUAUUUAAAAAUUUCCUGUGUGACGCUGUAGCCAUCACACCCAGAUAUUAUGCACAGCUACUUCAUGUACUACGGCUUUUGAUCAGUAAGUCCUUAUCAAUCUGAAAUCACUGUUGGUCUGAGUCGUUUAAAACAUGCAUUUAAAAAAGCAACACUCGUCAAACAUAAUCUUAUACAUAUUCUUUAUUAUCAUGAAAAUACCUGAAAAGGUUUGAAGAACAGCAAUAUAAAUAUAUCCUUAAGCCAUUUCCUGGAGCUCUGUGUGUCUGGUUCUUCGUCUGCAGCACAUAUUACGUUUCUGCCCACGAGCGCCCCCUGGCUUUUGGAUGUAGCGGCAUUUCACCGUAAUUCAUUGAGAAGCAUAGCAAGCAUCAUCAGCCAAUUUAUAGGUGCACCCCUAAUUUUGGUCAGUGUCUCUGCCUACCAACCACACUUUUUUGCUAUGGUUUAUGCAUAUGAUGGAGAACAAAAUGUGCCAUUUCUCUAAUUAGGUUGCUCUGUAUUUUGCACCUGGUUACUUUUGGCAUAUUUCUUGUGUUUGUUUAAAAAAAAUAUUUUUAACUUUAAAUGCAAAAUACACUUAUGUUUUUCCCAAACUAUUUGUGUUGAUUUGUUAUAUAAACAAAAGAUUUACAUAAAGUUUUUCCGGACCUAUGAAAAUUAUGGGAAUUCAGAUUUGGACCUUUGAAUGUAAACUUUGAGAACCCCUGAUGUAGAGGGUAGGGGACCUACAGUCCCAGGAAUGUGACCACCAUGUGUUUCUAUAUGAUAUAAACCAUAUGUUUCUUAAUGUUACAAACCCUUGGGAAUAGAAGCAUAUGCGUGCGAAGACAGGCUUAAAUACUGUGGUACAGGGAAAAGGUUUUCAGUGACUCUUGGAGUUUUUGCAGGACUGCUCCGUUUUUAUUUGU